GCAGACCCAGCAGGCCACCGCUCUUUAGUCUGCAGAUAUAAACAGAAUGGGAUGUGCCUUCAUUGUGCAGCGUCAGAUACCGAUUGACCUUCUCAGUAUUUAAGGUUCCAUAUCAGCUGGUGCAAAGAUGUGACUGCCAUUUGGGCCUUCAUGACUGACUAUUCCUGGAAGCCUGCAUUACAAAUUACCGAUCUUUGGGGAUAAGUAAAGUUACUGGAUUUGCAGAGAUUUAAGACAUCAGAUAUGUCAGGCACAAUGAGGACAGCAUUCUCAAGAAACAGUGGGAAGAGUGUAGAAUGUGGAGCAAAGGGCCCAUACUGGAAUCUAACCUUGGCUGCUGCAGUAAAUAUUCUACCAGAGAGGAUGAUGCUGGUCAACAGUGAACACCUGAUUGACAACUUGUGAGUCGUCAAGCAGAAAUGAUGACAACACCUGCUCAAAGUUCCAGUUUCCUAAACUUUGUGCCAUGUCUGUAUGAGACUCCCACCUGUCUUCAGUCAUGUCUGGACCCAGUGGACUGUCUGGACAACAGUCUUGUGAGGCUCAUUAGAGAGAGGAUCAUGCAAGUUAACAGAUAACACCUGAUGGACAACAUGUGAUUCCAACUUGUGACAAUAAUUUUGAAGUUCCAGUUUCCUGAACAUCAUGUCCGUGUGAAACCCAAUCCCAUGUUGACGCCCUCGUUGGUGAAGUCUGGACUCAAUGACUCAUUUGAUCAACUGGGGUCAAGUGGCACAUUUUUAUCCUUCAUAUACUAUACGGACACAUGCUGUUUUCCCACUAAAUACCCUGCUGAGGCCUUUGUCACUCUGGCCACCACAGACCCAUACUGCAUGGGAGCUAUAGUAGUGGCUAGAAGUUUACGGCGUCACGGGACAACACGCAGCAUUGUUGUCAUGGUCACACCAAACGUCUCAGAACAGUCAAGGCUUUCUCUUAAGAAUGUGUUUGAUGAGGUCAUCAUGGUGGAUGUGAUGGACAGUGAGGACCCUCUACAUCUGGCCUUGCUCAGACGUCCUGAGCUCGGCAUCACCUUCACCAAGAUCCACUGCUGGACUCUGACCCAGUACAGCAAAUGUGUCUUCCUGGAUGCUGACACACUUGUUCUGUGUAACGUGGACGAGCUGUUUGAGAGAGACGAGCUGUCGGCAGCUCCUGAUCCCGGCUGGCCCGACUGCUUCAACUCUGGAGUGUUUGUCUUUAUACCAUCCCUCCACACCCACACCCGCCUUCUGAAUCACACCCUGCUGCAUGGCAGCUUUGACGGAGGGGACCAGGGCCUGUUGAACUCUUUCUUCAGUAGCUGGCCAGUGGAAGACAUCAGUAAACACCUGCCAUUUGUCUACAACCUCAGUGCCAGCUCCUUCUACACCUACCUCCCUGCUUUCCAACAGUUUGGCCACAAUGCAAAGAUUGUCCAUUUCUUAGGAGUACUGAAACCCUGGAGCUCACGCAACCAGAGAGACGACAGCCACUCCCACACCAUGGAACAGUUUGUUUCUCUGUGGUGGACGGAAUACCUCAGUUUCCCAACAAUGUCUCUACCGGGGCCACAGUCCAGUCAAGACUGUGAGAAACCAAAACCGGUCCAAGAACAAGAUGUCAAGAAGACAUUUAGAGAAACCUUGGACAACUCUGAUACACUGCUUGCACAUUUUUCACUCCGUUCUAAGAUGCUUCAUUCACCUUCUGAACCAAAGACGUGUUCCCACACAGAUAACACACUGUUGGAGGAAGAUUCAGGAACACCUAAGAGGACAGCGACCCAGGAUGACCCACCUUUUGGAGCAGAGGAGUUGAAGGGCCGUGAUGGGACCUCAGACACUGGUACACAUCCUAGGGCUGCAGACACUGAGGCAGAGAGGCUGGAGCAUCGCAGGCUGUGGGAGGCCGGGCAGGCUGACUACCUGGGAAGAGACGCCUUCCAAAACAUCCAGAGGAUGCUGGACCGCUUCCUGGAUUAACAGAUCACCCACAUGAGCAACUCUGUAACCCAAAAAUACGCAUCUGUUUAUCUUUGAAGUCCAUAUGUGUAUGACUUUUGACACCUAGUGGUAAUAUCAAGACACUGGGGCUGAGAUUGAUGUCAAAGUCCUUAUAUAUCCUCUAAAAUAGGGGUCAGCAAAUAAGUCUGGCAUCGGGACAAAUUUUUUUUCAAGCCGUUACAUGGCGGGCUAGAACAAAAUCAAAUUAUUUCAGAUCCAUGUAUACUCGUGUGCAGGUUUAGCUCAGUCUGUACUGUUUGGGACUCCUGAUGGGAAGGUUGAAAGAUCGAUUCCAAAUAACUGUAGAUUUUCUUUUCUCCCAGGACACUUUUGCACAUGCUCACAAUAAAGUGGCUGCAGUGUGUGCACACGUCCUGGCGUUUGAUCUGUAUUCAUAAUCCUAUGGAUGCUGAGGAAGUUCAGGGGAAUCUAAUCCCACGUUUACUGAUGGCUUUUUCAGAGGUGUGUCAACUAAGCCAGAGUCUCUUUUGAAUGCCCUUUAAAACUCUUCAAAGUAAAAGCUCUUAAUAAACUCAACAUAAAGCAUUGCUGCAAAAAACGUUCUGGUUCUUUUAUUUUGGAGGUACAGUCACUUAAGAAGAAGUGAUUGUGCAAGUAACUGUUGCUGUCAUGACUGAGAUCUCUUUCAGCACCAGCCGCUAUCAAUUUAUUUUUUAUUUUUGUGCUAUCAAAGCAAUGUGACAGCGGGCGAUUUAACGAUUUAUGCUUCCUUAUCGAAAAAUGCUACCUUAAUGCAAAUUGCUAACGUCUAAUCCUAACUCUAACCAUUAGCCAUGCAAAGAACUGCCAAGUAGCCCAUCUCGCUAGGUAGCAUAUAACGACAGAACACCUGUUCUGGCCCGCGGUCCGCCUAUUGCCGACCACUGCGCUAAAAUGUCUCUUGUGAUGUACAGUAUACCUCUCCCACCCACCCUCAUGGGGACAUUGAGACUGAAACCAACACAAUUUUUAAUAAUAAUAAUAAUAUAAAUUUAAUUUAUAGGCACCUUUCUAAACACUCAAGGUCACCUCCAUCCAUCCAUCCAUCGUCAACCGCUUAUCCUGCGUACAGGGUCACGGGGUCAAGGUCACCUCACAAAACAUAAUAAAACAGUCCAGCAAUAAAUCGAUAACAUUAACAACUAUAAUUACAGUGCAUAAAAUCAGGGUACAUAACAACUAAGAAAGAGAAAGGGUGAUCACGUGGGAUAUGCCAGCGGGAUUUAAAAAUGGAAAGUCAAUGUUGCGGAUGUCUGGUGGAAGAGAGUUCCAGAGACAAGGGGAAGAGCGGCUGAAGGCUCUGAACCCCAUGGUGGUCAAACUAGCAGGAGGUACAGUGAGGUGAAUAAAAGAAGAAGACCUAAGAGUACGGGUGGGUGUGUUAAUGUGAAGGAGGUCAGUGAGGUACAGAGGAGCGAGGUUGUGAAUGGCCUUGAAGGUCAGAAGCAGAGUCUUGAAAUCAAUGCGGUAUUUAACUGGGAGCCAAUGAAGCUGCUGAAGGACAGAAGUAAUAUGAUUAAUAGAAGGGGUUCUGGUGAUGAUACGGGCAGAGUUUUGAACCAGUUAAAGUUUAUCUAUGGAUUUGAGAGGAAGAGCAGCGAGAAGAGAAUUACAAUAAUCAAUGCGGAGUGUGACCAGUGUGUGAACGAGAGUGGCUGUACUAGUGGGUGAGAGAGAUGGUCGGAGGCGAGGAAUGCUACGUAAAUGGAAGUAUGCAGACCGAGUGACAUUAUUAAUGUGAGCUUGAAAUGAAAGUGUGCUGUCGAGGAUCACACGCAGACACUUGACCUUAGGGGAAGGGGAAACUGUGGAGCUGUCAAUGGUAAGAAGUAGAGGACAGGUAGAGCCUGUCAUCCGCAUAGCAGUGGAAAUGGAUGUUAAAUUUAUGGAAGAUAUGGCCAAGAGGUGGUAGAUAGAACAGAAGGGAACUGAAGGGGCACCGGUAGUGACAGGGGAUAGCUCUCAUUUGAAAUGUUUGAGUUGGAUGAACUGAGUGCGGCCAAAGAGAUAUGAUUUAAACCAGUCCAAGGGUGUAUCAGUGAAACCCAUGGAGAAUAAUCUGUCAAGGAGGAUGUUAUGAGAGAUGGUGUCAAAGGCUGCACUCAGAUCAAGGAGGAUGAGUAUAGUUAGUAGUCCGGAAUCAGCUGCCAUGAGAAGAUCAUUGGUAAUUUUUACCAGAGCUGUUUCUAUACUAUGGCAGGGACAGAAACUAGAUUGGAAUUGUUCAUAGAGGUUAUUGUCAGACAUGUGUGCAUCCACCUGAUAUGCAACUGUUUUUUCAAGGACUUUAGAAAGAAAAGGUAGGUUAGAAAUAGGAUGGAAGUUGUUGAAAUUGUUGGGGUCUGCACCAGGUUUCUGAAGUAUAGAAGUUAUUGCAGCUGAUUUUAGAGAUGAGGGAACAAUACCAGAGGUGAGAGAGAAAUGUAUAAUGGUAGUUAUUUGGGAAGAGAGAGAGGGUGAGCAGGCUUUUACUAAGAUGGUAGGAAGAGGGUCAAGCUGACAAGUAGUUGGUUUCGAAUUUCUAAUAAUUUCCAAUAUUUCAGUAACAGAGGGAAGCGAGAAACUUGAAAAUGAACAAGAAAGAGGUGUCGGGAGCACUGAAAAAGACUGUGAGAGGUGUAAGUAGUCAGUUGCUGGUGAAUCCUGUGUACUUUGGCAUUAAAAAGAGAGAGUCCGUUGGUUGUAAUACAUUACAUACAUUUAUCUGAAGCUUUUAUCCAAAGUGACUUACAAUUGCUAUUCAUGUCAGAGGUCACACGCCUCCAGAGCAACUAGGGGUUAAGUGUCUUACUCAGGAACACAUUGGUGGAUGGGUCACAGUGGGGUACUGAACCCAGGUCUCUCACACCAAAGGUAUAGUCUUAUCCAUUGCGCCGUCACCACACCAGUAGUAGGUUGUUGACCAUGGAGAACAGGGCUCUGGUGUUUCCUUCGCCUGAACUAAUUAUACCUGCAUAAUAGGUGGAUUUGGCUGUAGAAAGAACGUCCUUAGUGGAGAAUGUGUUUUUUAUACAUUUAGUCCAGUUUUCUUGUAAAGGUGUUCCAGGCGACAACCUUUUACCUUCAGUUGGCGUAGUUCUGAUGUAAACCAUGGGGCAGAAUGGGUGAAGGAAACAGUCCAGGUUUUUAAAGGAGCCAGAGAAUUUAAAAUGUUUUGAAGGCCAUCGUUGUAGUGAGAAACCAGUUCAUCAAGGUUGGAAAAACAGUUUAUACUGGCGAGGCAGUCAAUUUCACUAGAGAGAGUGUUUAAAUUAAUGUCCUUAAUAUUUCUGAAUGAAAUGACACGUGGCAGUUUUAUUUUAGACAGUGUUAAGUUGAUAUUAAAAGAAAUGAUUGUGAUCAGAAAUGGGGAGGUCAGCCGCAGUGCAACACCAGAGCAGCAUACCAAGUCCAAAACAUGACCUUUGGAGUGAGUGGGAAAGUGAAUAUGUUGCUCCAAUCCAAAACUGUCCAGGCAAGAUGGAAAUUCCCUUGUGUAUGCAUUAGUGGUAUUGUCCAUAUGUAUAUUAAAAUCCCCAAGCAGUAUUACAUUAGGCGAGAGUGAGCAGAUAAAUGUGAGAAAAGCAGCAAAUUCAUUUAUAAAGUCAGUAUUGGGCUUGGGUGUACUAGGGCCGUUCAGUUGUAGGGUGAUGGAUUCAAAUGAACCGUGAGAAGGUUCAGUGAGUCACGGGGUUAACAGGGCUUUGUCACUGUCAGUAAUCUCAGCUAUGAACUAACUAUCAAAACGCUAGAAACCACUUCUGGUCAAUACAACAAAAUCAGUGUACAGUACCAGCUGAAAAUUGGCAUGAUAGACAUAACAUGGUGGUAAAUGAUAAAUGGACUGUACUUGUAUAGUGCCUCUCUAGUUUUCUGACCACUGAAAGAGCUUUACACUACACCACAUUCACCCAUUCAGACACAUUCAUACACUAAGGUGCCAACUACUCAUCAGAAACAGCAAUUAACAUUCACACACACUCAUACACCGCAGCAAUUUGGGGUUCAGUAUGUUGCCCAAGGACACUUUGACAGGCAGACUGGAGGAGCCUGAGAUUGAACUGUCGAUCUUCCAAUUAGCAGGCAACCUGCUGACAUGACAGUACAAGUUAUGUAUGUUAUGUGUGUGGGUCAGAAUAAACUACAGCUUGUGUGUUCAUGGUGAUGAAGGUGAUGUCAGCCAGUGUAGCAGUGAGGCUCCCUGAUAGGUUUAGUUGUUUCUGUACAACAAUGGAGCUCUAUGGCUUAGAGGAAUAAGAGGCAUCAGGCUGUGAGACACACUGGAGUUGUUAGGAGAUACAUUCACUGGUUUGGCUCUGAGCGUGGAGUUUGUUUAAACUACACACAAUAAAUAAUAGCAUUGAAACAUACAUAUUUAAAGUACUUGUCUCCAUGUCAGAAUUUCUUACCAUCCUCUAGUAGUACCAGUAACUGUCAGAUAGUUACUCUCUUUUAAUUCUAGUAAUACCAAAAGUAACUUGAUGUAGAUGUUGCAUACACCUACAGCAGUAGUAAACACUACUUUUUAAUCAAACAAAGAAUCAAUUUAGCAGAGACCCUUUCAUGUAAUUGGACUGCUGCAUGACCGCUGCAUGAAAAAGUGUAAUUUUUAUGCAAGUCAUUUUUAACCUCAGUCUACAUAAUUGCUUACUCACACUCAUUAGAGCAUUCGAGAUUCAGUAUCUUGCCCAAGAACACUUUUAACAUGCAGACUGGAGGGCCUGGGGAUCAAACCACUGUCUGAUUAGGAGACAGCUUGCUCUACCUCCUGAGCCAAAAUCAACUCUCUGUUAGCAACUCCUCAAAACUUGGAAGAAAUUACUACUAAAUUAAUCUAUAGAAUUCAUAAAAUAAAGCAUUACCACUUAUCCUGUUUGAUAGACUACGUUACAAAAGCAAUAUUAUAUAUUGUGAAUGUUCUACUCUGUAAAAAUGUAUCCAUGUUAACAAUCAA